GCGUUUCGAGGAUUGACGAGCGACGUUAUAAGAUGCCACCAUGCAAGACCAGGUCCCGUCUGAUACAGGACACAACAACAUUUGAAUGCUACCUCCACUUUCGAUAGCGUCACAUCGGACUCGAGUGGAUGCAGGCAAAGGUGGGGGGUGGGUCGGAGCGAGGCCGACCCGCCGUCGCGUCGCAACAUCAUGACGUGAAGGCAAUAUAUCCCACAGCUUUGGAGGGGCUGCGCUGUCCACUCUUCCAACAGUUGUAUCCAACCCUUCUCUCACCACAGACUACCCAUCUUUCGAGUACCUUUCCAACCAUCAACAUGGCUUCACCAAAAACCAUCCGCUGGGGUAUCUUGGCCACUGGCGGCAUCGCUCAGACUUUCACAAAAGAUCUUCUGGUAGACCCGACGACGCGCGGAGUCAAGCACAUCAAGCACACCGUGGUCGCUGCUUCUUCCUCGUCGUCACAAGAGCGCGCCCAGGCUUUCCUCAAGGAUGUAGGAGCUCCUUCGGACGCGAAAGCGUACGGAUCUUACGAAGACUUGGUCAAAAACCCAGACAUCGACAUCGUUUACAUUGCGACACCGCACUCGCAUCAUUACCAGAAUGCCAUGCUCUGCUUGGAAGCAGGCAAGAACGUACUGUGCGAGAAGGCCUUCACGGUGAACGCGGCUCAAACACGUGCUCUCGCUGAGAAGGCAAAGGAGAAGAACCUUUUCUUGAUGGAGGCUGUGUGGACUCGAUACUUCCCGCUGUCCGUCUACGUACGCGAGCAGAUCGAAUCGGGUCGCAUUGGCCCAAUUGCACGUGUGUUUGCCGACAACAGCAUGGCGACCAACCCCGAGGAGACUUGGAGCGACGGCAAGCACCGCAUGGUGAACCCUGAGUUGGCCGGAGGAGCCCUUCUCGAUCUCGGCAUCUACAGUCUGACUUGGGUCUUCCAGACUUUGUACCACACACAGCCUGAGAAUGCUAGACAACCACCCAAAGUACUAGCUGCGCUCAAGAACUACGAGCCUACAGGAGCUGCGGAUGAAUCAUCGACAAUAGUGCUGAGCUUCCCUCGCUCCAAGGAGGCAGGAGGGGAAGCGCACGCUAUUGCGACGACUUCGCUGCGUGUAGCUACCACUCCCGGUGGCAAGGAUGAUGUCCCUGGAAUCCGCAUCCAAGGACCUGGCGGUGAAAUCCAAGUCUUCCCACCAGCCUACCGUCCUACUCGCACUAGGAUAGUUCUCAAGGAUGGCACUGUUGAAGACAAGGACUGGCCUCAACCUGGACCCGGAAAAGGCAGCGGCUGGCGCAACGGCUUCGGAGGGGGCUCCAACGCCGAAGGCGAAGGCCACGGCAUGUUCUGGGAAGCAGACGAAGCCGCGUCUGCGCUGGUAGAUGGUAGAAAGGAAGGCAAGUACGAGAGUCUCGCCGAAAGUAUCCUGAUCAUGGAGGUCAUGGACGAAGUGAGGAAGCAGGGUAACCUCACAUACCCAGACAAGAUCGAGACCACAAAGUACCCCACACCGCUAUGAAUAGCUCCCCCGACGGAUCCCGGAUCCCGGUAUGAUAGCGAUCUCAGUAGUAUAGCAUCGUGAUUUAUUCCCAUACUUUCUCUCGAGACCUUCCGUUUACGGUAUCCCUCGAUCCUUUCUGUGCUGUUCAUUUGCGCGCCAACCAAUGAUACCUCGACUUCUUUUCGAAAUAUACACUCCGUCCCAAAUCAAUGAUCCAACUCUAUCGCAUGCAUUCCCCCCUCGAGACUGCUUUGCAGACUCCAGCCACGUUCUCUGCUCGUCGUACGUCAUAUUCUGACAAUUCGCUGGUCGCAUGGUCCGGGCUGCCACGCCAAAAACGUUGAAUACGCUCCUCAAUACGGGAUAGUAGCCACACAC